UUCAGAAGAAGGCAAUUCCCUGUAAAAGUAUGUUUUGCCAUGACAAUCAACAAGAGCCAAGGUCAAACAUUACAGCAAGUGGGCAUCUAUUUGCCAACACCAAUUCUUACUCUGGACAGCUAUAUAUGUCCAUAACGGCAUCAAGAGAAGGUUUGAAGAUUCUGAUAAAGAAUAGUGAUAAACAUCCAAUAGGUUUUACAAAGAAUAUUGUCUACAAAGAGGUCUUCAAUAAAUUACACCCAGGUGUCAUUCAGGUUGCAGACACUCCAACACAAAUGCAAAUUUCAGAAACUACAACAUAUAAUGCAAGUGUCCUUCAAGUUGUAGAAACUGCAAUUGCAACUGCAAUUCCAGAAACUCCAAGGGGAACCACAGAAUGCCAGAAUCAUGACCCAUCUGAAGUAGCUGAAUUCGACAAUAACAAUGCCUUAGAUGAUGAUAGACAUCCAAAGAAAAAAAAGACGAGUUUUCCGUGUACAUCCAAAUUCUACAGGGUGGUCUACCAACGAAUCUUAAUCGACGUAGAUGGCCAAGGACAUUCCAACCCUUAAG